CGCAUAUUAUAGAAAUAGAGAAAGCAGUUUUUACUAUUUUUACAUUUCCGGGCCAGCGCAUUUCUUUCCCCUUUGCAAUUGAACCUUUAAAGACCCAUUCGUUUAUUUUCCUAUAUACUUCCUAAUCUGUACUUUUCUCCGUUUUCUCCCCUUUCCACCAAGAUUUCUUGCUAGCUCAACCGUCUGCCAUUUCCCUGCUGCGAGAACGGCUGAAACCCAAACUCGACCCGCCGUGCCCCGCUAACUGUAAAAUCAUGGUGCGACUAACUUCAAACCCCGCCGCCACUUCCUCCGCUUCCGCCGCACUGCGGUCAUUGUCAACCCUCACCUUUGCAUCCCGAUCUGCGAAACCAACCGGUUUACUAUUCUCCUCCGUUGCGAGACCACUCUCCCUCUCCACUGUUACUUCAUUGCGGUCCAAUGCGCGGAGAUCGAUAAGCGGCUUGUCGUUAUCAUCGCGGAUUCACAGGCGACCCCACUGUCUGAAUCGUGCUGCUGUUUACAAGGACAUUUGUGAGACUUUGGGAAAGAGAGGGUUUGCUACGACGGGUGCUAUGAUGGCUUCGAGAACGGAAACGGAUGCCUUUGGCGAAAUCCAGGUCCCUGAGGAUAAGUACUGGGGAGCCCAAACACAACGAUCUCUGACCAACUUCGAUAUCAACCAACCGCAAGACCGUAUGCCGCCUGCCAUCGUGCGGGCUUUCGGUAUCCUCAAGGGUGCUGCUGCGACUGUGAAUAUGAGAUAUGGACUUGAUCCUACUAUCGGCAAGGCUAUCCAGCAGGCUGCUGCAGAAGUUGCAUCGCUUAAACUCAUCGACCAUUUCCCCCUCGUCGUCUGGCAAACAGGCUCUGGUACCCAGUCCAAUAUGAACGCCAAUGAGGUCAUUUCGAACCGCGCCAUCGAGAUCUUGGGCGGCACCAUGGGCACCAAGAAACCGGUUCACCCCAACGACCAUGUCAACAUGUCCGCUUCAUCCAACGACUCCUUCCCCACCGUUAUGCACAUUGCUGCGGUCCUCGAACUCGAGGAAUCAUUGCUUCCGUCCCUCACCAGCCUACGCAACGCCCUCCAGCGAAAAGUCGAGCAGUUCGAGAAGAUUAUCAAAAUCGGACGAACCCACCUGCAGGACGCCACCCCUCUCACUCUGGGUCAGGAAUUUUCCGGUUAUGUGGCCCAGCUGGACAGGGGCAUCGAGCGCGUCCAAAAUACUCUCCCGCAUCUCCGAUAUCUUGCACAAGGGGGUACUGCGGUUGGCACCGGUCUGAAUACCUUCAAGGGCUUCGACAAGGCUAUCGCGGAGGAAGUUACCAAGAUGACAGGGACGGAAUUCAAGACUGCCCCGAACAAAUUCGAAGUGCUCGCCGCCCAUGACGCUGUAGUCGAGGCUUCUGGGGCGCUCAACACACUUUCCUGCUCCCUCUUCAAGAUCGCGCAGGACAUCCGUUUCCUGGGCUCCGGUCCCCGCUGUGGACUGGGUGAGCUCAUGCUGCCCGAAAACGAACCGGGCUCCUCGAUCAUGCCUGGAAAGGUCAAUCCGACCCAAUGCGAAGCUUUGACGAUGAUCUGCUCCCAGGUGAUGGGUAACCAUGUUGCGGCGACUGUGGGAGGUAUGAACGGCCAGUUCGAGCUCAAUGUCUUCAAGCCCGUCAUGAUCCGCAAUCUGCUGCAUAGCAUCCGCAUUCUGAGUGACGGAAUGCGCUCCUUUGAGAAAAACUUGGUUGUUGGGAUUCAGGCGGAUGAGAAGCGGAUUUCAGCUUUGUUGCAUGAAAGCUUGAUGCUUGUUACCUGUCUGAACCCGGUGAUCGGAUAUGACAUGGCCUCCGCAGUUGCUAAGAAUGCGCACAAGAAGGGAUUGACGCUGAAGCAGAGUGCGAUGGAACUGAAAGCUCUCACCGAGGAGGAAUUCGAUACCCAUGUCCGCCCGGAGUUGAUGAUCAGCCCCAAGGAGAGAAAAUAAAGGGCUGUAUUCUCUCAACCAUGACACGACGAGAGAGGCCUGUCUGGUUGAUUUCAUAGCAGGAUGAGCAGAAGCAGAGGAAGGUAGCAGCAUUGGGAUUGGUGUGACAUUUAAGCGGGUAUUUCGUUCGUUUUUCUUGUAAAACAAUUCCAUUCUUGUUUUUACCCCUUAGAUGGAAGAGAUUUCUUCCCUGAGUGAAAACUGCAUUUCACAUUUUG